AGCUCAGGCACUGCUGCUUCUCAAGCUGCUCGUACCAGCUCGAGCUCUGCUUACUGUUGCGUAGGGAAGGGGACUGCUGUGCCUCGACACACAACGUCAGCAGAUGGUGCGGGAGGAAUAUGUCACCACCACCCAGGGCAGCAGCGUGCCCAGGCCGGUGCCCGAACACGUCUACAAGAUCGGCAUCUAUGGCUGGAGGAAGCGCUGUCUCUACCUGUUUGUCCUGUUGCUCAUCGCCAUCCUGGUGGUCAACUUUGCCCUCACCAUCUGGAUCCUCAGGGUGAUGUGGUUCAACACGGAAGGGAUGGGACACCUACAAGUCCACUCUGAUGGGGUAAAGCUGGAGGAGGGUGAGUCUGAGUUUCUGUUUCCUGUCUACGCUGAGGAGAUCCACUCCAGAGAAGACUCUUCACUCCUUGUGAACUCACUACAAAAUGUUUCCCUUAAUGCCCGCAAUGAAAAUGGUGAUGUCACAGGGAGGACAUUUGUGGGUCCAAAAGAGGCUCAGGGACACACUCCGAAUCUGCUCAUUAACUCCCACAAUGACAACAUGCUGUUCACUGCAGAUGGCGAACAGACUGUGAUUGGACCAGACAAACUACGCAUCACAGGUCCCGAAGGAGCGCUGUUCCAGCAUUCAGUGGAGGUUCCCCUGCUGAGGUCUGAACUUUUCAAAGACCUGAGGUUGGAGUCUCCUACUCGCUCUCUUAGUUUGGACGCACCAAAAGGAGUUCAUAUGAAAGCCCUGGCUGGCGACAUUGAAGCUGCUUCCAACAUGGAUAUCAUUCUACAGUCAAGUGUAGGACUGCUGGUGCUGGAUGCUGAGACUGUGAGCAUGCCGAGCCUGCCCCUGGGCCAAGGAGGGGUUUCUGGAAAUGCUCAGGAUCUCUAUGAGGUUUGUGUCUGUCCCAGCGGCAAGCUCUUCCUGUCCAAGGCAGAGGUCACCUCCACUUGCAGCGAGAACCAGGAGUGCUAGAUAGACUCUGACAAGGUAAUCGAUUUUCCAUCUCUCAGAAGAGGUGUCUUCUGGGAGGCAACAAGCACAACAGUUCAUAUCCAGUCAGUCUUUUUUAAAAUCUUUAUACCACAGUGGAUCGCUGUGCAAGAUCCCACUGGAACGUUGAGGCUGGUAAAAAUACAAUGACUGCUGGUGUACAUGUCGGAUAUGUCAUGAAAUGCAUCCUUUUAGUUGCAUUUAUGACCUUCUAAUCAUUCAGCUGAAACAAAUUGGCACUCAGUAUCAAAUUCAGUCCUGCAUCAGAGCUUUUAAAGUAUUUUUUACACACACACACACAGUAUCAUGGCUGGGCAAUGAGGAGCUGGUUAACAGCUUACAUCCUAUGCAAUAUUAUCUUGUGGUGCAAUAAAUAAAAUUGACACAUAUCGAGGGCUUGGAGUGAUCACAAAAUGUCAGAAUGUAAUAAAAAAAUAUUUUUGGGGUUUACUUACGCCCUUCUUGCUCCAAGCCCUCGGUAAGUAGUGUUUUUGUUUCGGUGUUUAGCAUGUUUUAUUUGAUCGGAGAUAAAUUAGAGAAAUGCUGGUAUAUAUUUUGUCACUGUCAGAGUCAAUUCAGAGAUGGCUUUUGUCUCUUUUUACUCAAAUUUAGAGCCACAGACUAGUUUCUUGUUUUGUUUCGACUGGUGUAUAGGAUUGGGUUUAAAAUAUCAUGUCUUUAUGGCACCAUAAAGUGUCACUAGUGUGGUAUCACAUGUGAGUUCUUUUUCUGUUUUAUUACCAUGUAUGUUUGGCCUGUACUAUUUCUAAGUCCUGCAUAAGCAUGUAAUUAUGCAUUAGCUACAAGACAGGCAGGUUUUCUUGCAACUAAGUUUGUCUGUGUUUGUUCAGUGACCUCAUUUACAACCAAAGGUCUACCACUAAAAGACAUUACUUUUGACCACCGCAAGCAAGCAAAAACAAAAAAAAAACAGGUCUAAUAAACAUACUGCUGUUGUGUGUAGUUUCUGAUUCUGAGUGGAAAAAUAAUGAUAGAUUAUUUUAUUCAGUUUUGUGUUUUGGUUCAAAUAUGCCUUUCUUUCUUUAGAAAAAAAGUGCAUGACAAGUGCAUAACAUUUGCCUUUAUUAUAAGAUCCACCAUGUCAAAAAGGGCAGUAUUUUGUAAAGAUAGUUACAUUGAGUUUAGCAUCAAUUUAUAUUUCUGCAAGACUGUUUUUUCUUAUAUCAUAAUUUACAUCUCAUGGCCUUGUGUUAUCACUGUCAGUGUUGAUAAGUAGUUAACUUGCAGUUCUCACCUAUGUUGGCAUAUUUUGAUAAAGUGUUUAAUGUGUAUUUAUUAAUUUUGUAUGUUUAAUAAACUUUGUGCUAUUCUUCUA